GUCGAAUAACGGUGCUAUGGGAUGCUGGAACAGAGCAGUAGCGUAACAUCAGGACCACAAGUCUGAGUGGGAUGGAGACACUGAGUGAGAUGUAAAUGGAGAAGCAGCAGUGUCCCCAAGAGAAACUGGACCUCUGUAUGAUUUUAAAGCGCUUUGCAUUAAAACACAAACAGCAUCACUUCUCUCUAAAGUAAUCCAUUACUGACAAUUAAUGUCAAACUGCACGCUGGAGCAGCUUAAUGCUGCCUUGCUGGGUGAAACAUUGCUAAUGGAAAGAAAGCCUUAUAAGAUACACCGCAUCAACAUACACCUAAAUGCAGCAUAAUGCCUUCAAAAGUGUCAUGUUUAUACCUGCUGACAGUGGUCUGCUGGGCGAGCGCUCUCUGGUAUCUGAGUAUAUCUCGUCCAACGUCCACUUAUGUCAGCCACAUGUCCGUGUCCAUUCGGAAGACUGUGAAACCCCACAAAAACAUCACCUUCACCAACAUCCGCACCCGCCCCCUCAACCCACAUGCCUUUGAAUUUGUGAUCAAUGAGCCCAAGAAGUGUGAAAGCGCCACGCCCUUCCUGGUCAUCCUCAUCAGCACCACGCACAAGGAGUUCGAUGCGCGUCAAGCCAUCCGAGAGACCUGGGGGGAUGAGAGCACCUUCAGCGACAUCCGCAUCCUCACCAUCUUUCUGCUGGGCAUCAACACGGACGCCGUCCUGAACCAGAUGGUGGAGCAGGAGAGUCAGAUCUUUCAUGAUAUAGUGGUGGAGAACUUUAUUGAUUCCUACCACAACCUCACCCUCAAGACCAUGAUGGGCAUGCGCUGGGUGGCUACCUUCUGCCCCAAAGCGCAGUAUAUCAUGAAGACAGACAGCGACAUCUUCGUCAACAUGGACAAUCUGAUCUACAAGCUCCUGAAGCCCACCACCAAGCCAAGAAGAAGAUAUUUCACCGGCUAUGUGAUAAAUGGCGGCCCCAUUAGAGAUAUGCGCAGUAAGUGGUACAUGCCCAGAGACUUGUACCCUGAGAAUAAAUACCCACCUUUCUGCUCGGGCACUGGCUACGUGUUCUCAGCAGAUGUAGCUGAGCUAAUCUACAAGACUUCACUACACACAAGACUGUUGCACCUGGAGGAUGUGUAUGUGGGACUGUGUUUGCGUAAGCUGGGUAUACACCCUUAUCAGAACAGUGGUUUUAAUCACUGGAAAAUGGCCUACAGUCUGUGCAGGUACAGACGGGUUAUCACCGUCCACCAGAUAUCCCCGGAGGAGAUGCACCGCAUUUGGAACGACAUGUCCAGCAAGAAGCACCUGAGAUGUUAGGGGACACUGAACAACAACAACUUUUUUUCUUUUUCUUUUUUUUUUUUGCCUUUUCUCCUUUUCAAUCUUCAUCAGUUACACACUGAUUAAUGUAAAAACAUGGAGGGCUGCUGUAAGUCUCUAUUACAUGACAGAUGUUUUCAUUAGCACCAUCUCUGUCUAUUUCUGCUGAUUACACCUCAUGAUUGUUGAUGAAUGCAUGGGGCUAGUAGAGCGCCUAUUCUCACACAUAAUUAAAAUGUGGUGUUGUUAUUGAGAGUAAUUUUGUUCAUGUGUUCCAGCUCCAGUUUAACCACACUCUUCUUCAUGAGCAUUAAGUCAAUCAGCGUUUUCCAUUAAAUGGCGUGGCCUAAUGGGCAGGGACAGGUUCAAGCCCUCACACUGACAACCUUUCUCCCUGCUGAAGUGUCCUUGAGCAAGACACUGAUUAUCUACCAGCUCCAUGGCUGCUGACUCAGCACCCUGAUAUUACUGCAGGGAGCAAGCCAAAAGAGAAUUUCUGUGCAGGAAACAAUACAGUAUCAAAUUACUAUAUUACAUCUAUAUUAUUAUACAUUGCAUAGUAUAUGUAUUAUUGACAAAUGAAAGAAGAGUUCCUGGACAAUGAGAAUGCAAAUGUGAAUUUUUUUUUCCAACAACAAAUCAGCUUGUCUGUUUAGAUAAAACUACAUCUACACUGUGCUGCUCUGCCCCUCUCCCGUCUUUCUUAUGAGCAAGGUCAAAUACAUAGAUGAAAAUGAGCUGCAUUAUAUUAUCAAUCGCCAAUCUCUUACAGAUAAGUAGUCAUUUUCAAUCGAUCAUUCUUCCCUAGUAUUGGUAAUAAUGGAACCACGUAGCAGAAUUCACCAGAUGCUUUUUUUUUAUGAAUUUGCCUGAUGAUGUUUCUGUUUACAUAUAGUCAUAAUUUCACUGCCUCUUCUCUCUGAAGUACUUAGAUGUAUAUUUUGGUUUUUUUUCUUUUCUUUUCUUUUUUUAGAUGCAUUUUGUUGUUUUCCCACUUUGAAAUCUUCAUACUUGAGGACGGCUAAUUGCGUCUCUCAGUUACCAGCUCCUCAUUACGACAGCUGGUUAUGUUCGCUGUACGUCAGCUGCUAUUUCAGCUCAUCAGCUCCUCCACACAUCAAGAGAAACGCAGUAUCAUGUCGUGCAAGUAUGAGUUAAACUGUAGGUGAAACCAUUACAGACUGGAUAUAUUAUCAUAUGUAUCUGGCGUAUCAGUGAUUACAGAAGCACUGCUACUGACGUCAUGGAAAAAAAAGUUUGUGUUUCUAAGAAAAUUAUGGUUUCAUGGCCAAAAGUUUCCUUUUUUUCAGAGGUUUUGUAGUAUAUAAGCUAAUGUGACAUUAACUGUGAAAGCAUCUAUCCCACGAGGGGUUGUUGUUAUAUAUUGUAUGUUUUUUAUAUUAAAAAACAAAUACUUGAAUAAUUAAAGUUAUAUUACUGCUUUUA